AUGGAGAAGAAGAGAGAAGACAUUGAAAAUAUUGAAGAUGAAGAUGGUCUCGAGUGGUUUAGAUCACAAAAUCAUAAUUUUAACAUUUUUUUGGACCCAACUAUUCCUGAAAACCACCGACAUGUGUCUUCGGUGAGUCUCUUUUCGCCAAAAAACCAUCUUCACAGGUCAUAUUUGUCUAAAAACCAUCGGUUUCAUUCUCCGGAAAACCGCUAUCCAAGAAUCAAUCCUUACCAAUACUGGCCUAUCACUUUGCCAAGUACUACUGUUUAUGGCAACAUUUGGAAUAUUCUUAAUGCUGAAUUUAGUCACCUCAAUCUCUCAAACCCUUCUCGGCCCUCUCCGUUUCCUCCUCCAUCCUCAUCAUCGUCCCGUAACAACUCCUCGCCAAUUGAUCCGUAUUAUUCAUAUUCCAAGUAUGAUGAGAAUUUGCAGAGAAUGAGAGUUCAAUCCAUAGUAAGGGGACAAAUGGGUUUGAAUCAAUUCAACAAUGGAAGGCCAAUAACAACAAACAAUCCUACUCGCUCGAACCAAAAUGGGUAUGAUUUUGACACACCUUACUAUGAUAGAGCUUCAAAUAAUUCGAAUCGAAAUGGGUUUAGGCUAAGAUCGAAUGGAUUCGGAGGCAAUGAUUUGCAUAAUCUAGCUCCAACCUUGAUGGAACUGAGGGGUUUAGUAUUUUUGGCUAAGGAUAAGCGCGGUUGUCUUUACUUGCAAAAGAAGAUUGUGGAGGUUAACCUAGAGGAGAUUGAGAUGUUGCUCUUCGAGCUCAAAGAUCAUGUUCGUGAGUUAAUGGUACAUCAGUUUGGGAAUUCUCUCAUUCAGAAGUUUUUUGGAGUUUGUAAUUCAGAUCAGAUUACUCAAAUUCUUCUUCUGGUAAUCAGUGAUGUGCGUUACUUGAUGAUUCUAUGUUGUGACACACAUGGGUAUGUUUUUGCUAGUUUCCCUACUUCUAUAUAUUUUUUAUGA